UCUUACUCGUACUCGUACCGUGGCUUGUUGCUGAUACAGUCAGUGAUUCUAGGUACUUUUGCAUGGUACGUGCACGUACUUGUCCAAGUGCUUUCACACACUAGUACUAGCUCAACAACAAUCCAACCGCACUGGCUGCUCUCUAUUUGGAGACAGGAAUAUCAAGAAGAAACAGGUCUCCUGGUCGUUCCUAGUUGGCGAUCAUCUGUUCGUUUGUCUCGAAAGAAAACGACACCAACCUCUGACUUCCUGCCUUUCAUUCACAUGCAAUACCACUUGUACCACGGAUAACAUCGAACAUAGCAAGAACAUAGCAAGAACACACAGCAAUGGCCUCUCAACGAAUGGCCUGUCUCUUGGCGCUCGUCGCUGCCCUCUUUGUGGUCAUCCCGAGAGCCCCCCUCGCAUCGGCAUUUGCCCCUAGCAUCCCUUUGAAGGCUUCCACCAAGGCCCUGGUUCCCUCUGGUCCAUCCAGCGAUUCGGACUCUGCCCUUGGAGUGUACAACUCGUACGGAUACGGACGCGACUGGGACUACGAUUACGGCGGCGGCCUAGCUUUUGGGACCUCCCAAUACCGCCAGCGCUACAACGAUGGCUACUCGGGCGGUGUCAACCUGAGCCACAACGGCUACUCGCAACAGACCAAUGUGGCCCGGGGCGGAUACGGAGGCCUGGGCUACUAUGACGACUACGGGGGCUACGGUGGCUACGGAGGACGCAUGGGUGGCUACGGCGGGCGAUACGGAGGAUACGGAGGACGCAUGGGGAGACGUGGAGGCUACGGAUACGACGACUGGGACGACUAUGGUGGAUACGGUCGUCGCGGCUACGGACGGGGUGGCUACGGGGGCCGCUAUGGUGGCCGUUACGGAAGCCGCUACGGUGGAUACGGCUACGAUGAUUACGAUGACUAUUAUGGUGGAUACGGUCGUCGCGGCUACGGACGCGGUGGUUACGGCUACGGACGAGGUGGCAUGGGCAGCUUUUACGGCGGUCGAGGCUACUACGACGACUACGACGAUUACGGUUACGGCGGCAUGUCGUACAACUCUGGUGUCAAUACCUCUCGGAACGGACGAUCGAUGCAGUUCAACUCCGAGUACGGAGGCAGAAACCUGUAUAACGGUGGAUAUGGCCGUGGAGGAGGCUACGGUUCGUCCUACAACUACGGUCGAGGUGGAUAUUUCUACUAAGCAAUCGGCGAGUAGCUGUAUCAGAGCGUGAUGUAGCGAAUCGCAAUCAAUUACACACCUCACCAGACCACACAGCUCUGUCGAAUCUUGGUGCGCAGAGUUAGUGGAAUGAUGUGUUUGGUGGCCCAAAAAAAAAGGGUAUGGAAGUAUGUAUUUAUGUAGGCAUGUAUGGACGAUAUGAGUGAAAUAAUUAGCAAAAUGCAAUUUGUUCGGAACGAAACAAAACUAACGGAUGAUCUAUUAUUAUCCAGGAUUUGGGUCUUGAUUGCUCAGCGGAUAGAUAGGUUGUAGGAUAGGAUAUAGGAUUGAAGACAGGUAAUAGGUCAACGGAUGGGGGAAACGAAACGAAGCGAAACGAAAAAGAAAUCAUUUUGUUAACAAUGGAUUAAAUGAAAAAACGAAAU